AUGACAGGUUUGUCCAGCUCCUCCCUGCCCAGCUGCCUCCUCUCCCUCCACCUGCUCCUCCUCCUCCAGCUGUCUUCCAGCCAUGCAGGACAGUUCAGAGUGAUAGGACCAGGGCAUCCAAUCCGGGCACUGGUGGGAGAUGAGGUGGAGCUGCCAUGUCGCAUAUCUCCUGGGAAGAACGCUACAGGCAUGGAAGUGGGGUGGUACCGCCCCCCCUUCUCCAGGGUGGUGCAUCUCUACCGAAACGGCAGGGACCAAGACGCAGAGCAGGCGCCAGAAUAUCGGGGCCGGACGGAGCUGCUGAAAGAGACUAUUGGCGAAGGAAAGGUGACCCUCAAGAUCCGAAGGGUAAGGUUCUCAGAUGAGGGAGGCUUCACCUGCUUCUUCCGAGAUCAUUCUUACCAAGAGGAGGCAGCAAUGGAGCUGAAAGUGGAAGAUCCCUUCUACUGGAUCAACCCGGGGAUGCUGGUUCUCAUUGCUGUACUGCCCGUGCUCCUCCUGCAGGUCACCGUGGGCCUCGUCUUCCUCUGCCUGCAGCGCAGACUGAGAGGAAAACUUCAUGCAGAGAUAGAGAAUCUCCACCGAACUUUUGAUCCCCACUUCCUGAGGGUGCCUUGCUGGAAGAUAACCCUGUUUGUAAUCGUGCCGGUUCUUGGACCCCUGGUUGCCUUGAUCAUUUGCUACAACUGGCUCCACCGAAGACUGGCAGGGCAAUUUCUUGAAGAGCUACUCUUCUACCUGGCAGCACUCUCUGGCUAA